AUGUUCAACACGCAAAGGGACAACUAUACAAUUCUCAAACGAUCUUCCCAGGAAAAGACACUUGAUGCAGUUUCUUAUCAAGCAGAAGUCCAAAACAUUAUCAUAUUAUACUUAUGCCAAUUUACUGAACUCUCAGUCAGAAAGCCAAGUAAACAAGCACGUAUCACGACUCAGUUCCAAAAAGUCAAGACAAUUAGAAUUGGCGACGAAAUUAUUGAUUUCCAAAAGGUUGUCAAAAAGAGGUGUGAAAUUAUUGAACAUAUUAUGCUCAAACAAAACGUGAAAAGGGAAACAAUUAAAAAACGACUUCAAGCUAUUAAAAGAAGAGAAGCUUACCACUUACUGGAAGAUUUCUUGUUUAUGUUUGGUAUUGUAAUUGUUGGUGGAAAAGAUGAAAGAGACGGCUUGGUUGGAUAUGUGAAAAUUGUAAAUAUCUUCGACUCUUCUGUUAUGUGUGAGGGUCAACCCUUGAGAGAAUUGGGGAGUAAAAUAAGCAAACACAUCAACUCCUUUGUCGUAGGGGAUAAUUCGACGUUUCUCAACAGUUGUUUCAAAUUCUUUUGA